GACCAUUGAAAUUAUUUGAACAGAAAAUUUGAAGAGUUUGUUUAUUGUGAAAAAAAGAAAAAUGCAGGCAGCAAAGAAAGCCAUAGAGACCUUUAAGGAAACCGCAGCCAACAUUGGCGCCUCUGCCAAGUCUGGCUUGGAGAAAACCAAGGCCACUAUCCAAGAGAAGAAUGAGAAGAUGAAUGCAGAAGAUCAAACUCAAAUGGAUAUGGCUACCAAGAGGAAAGAAGAGAAGAUCAACCAGGCUGAGAUGGAGAAGCAGCAGGCCCGUAAGUACUACGCCGCUGCAAAACAAUACGCCAUGGCUGAGCACAUGGCAAAGGGCAACCACGACACCGCCGGGCCUAGAAUCGAGACUGCCACACACAUCACCAGUGGGCCCGGGACUGACAAUGCUAUGUACUCUAACACUGGGCCUGGGACUGAGACUGCCACGUACACCACUAGUGGGCUUGGGCAUGACAAUGCUAUACCCACCAGCACUGGGCCUGGGACUGCCACAUACACCACAAGGCCUGGGCAUGACAAUGCUAUACCCAUAAGAACUGGGCCUGGGCCUGAGACUGCCACCUACCCCACUGGUGACUAUGGACAAAUGGGGGCUAACCAGGGCCAUGAGCAUGGACCCAGGCAAGGAGGACUCACUGAAGAUGUAACGGCCCAAAAUACCCUUGUUGCAGGUGGCAGUGCUCCUUCAAGUGGGCCUGGGCCUACUUUAAAUUGAAUAAUAAUUACUGAAGUUUGAAUGUUCAUUUGGUUUUUUUUAAUUUAUGUUAUGGUUCUUUUAAUUUAUGUUCUGUUGGAUAUUUAGUUUAGGGUCUUCACAUUACUAUGUGACAUAUCUUGUGUACUUGUAUUGUCUCUUAUAUUUCUUAAUUUUCUUAAUUAUGGGACCAAUGUUGUAUUGUAUAAGGGAACAUUUCGUUCCGUGAAGUUGCUAUAUCUGUUUAUUUCAAUAAUAAAUAAAAGUUUAGUAGUGAA